CCAUGAGCGUGGGCUUCAUCGGGGCCGGCCAGCUGGCCUUCGCCCUGGCCAAGGGCUUCAUAUCAGCAGGUGUCCUGGCUGCCCACAAGAUAAUGGCUAGUUCCCCAGACAUGGACUUGGCCACAGUCUCUGCCCUCAGGAAGAUGGGGGUGACCCUGACACCCCACAACAAGGAGACAGUACAGCACAGUGAUGUGCUUUUCCUGGCAGUGAAACCGCACAUCAUCCCCUUCAUCCUGGACGAGAUCGGCGCUGACAUUCAGGACCGACACAUUGUGGUGUCCUGUGCUGCUGGUGUUACUAUCAGCUCCAUCGAGAAGAAGCUGACAACCUUCCAACUGGCCCCCAAAGUCAUCCGCUGCAUGACCAACACGCCGGUGGUUGUACGGGAGGGUGCCACUGUGUAUGCCACAGGGACCCACGCCCAGGUGGAGGAUGGUCAGCUGCUGGAGCAGCUCCUAGGCAGCGUGGGCUUCUGCACUGAGGUGGAGGAGGAUCUCAUCGAUGCUGUCACAGGGCUCAGCGGCAGUGGCCCCGCCUACGCAUUCACCGCGCUAGAUGCCCUGGCUGAUGGCGGUGUGAAGAUGGGGCUCCCGCGGCGCCUGGCGGUCCGCCUCGGAGCUCAGGCCCUGCUGGGAGCCGCCAAGAUGCUACUGGACUCGGAGCAGCACCCAGGUCAGCUCAAGGACAACGUCUGUUCCCCCGGGGGUGCUACCAUCCACGCUCUGCAUGUGCUGGAAAGCGGUGGUUUUCGCUCGUUGCUCAUAAACGCCGUGGAGGCCUCCUGCAUCCGCACACGGGAGCUACAGUCCGUGGCUGACCAGGAGAAGGUCUCACCUGCCGCCAUCAAAAAGACGGUUCUGGACAAGGUGAAGCUGGAUGCCCCUGUGGGGGUCUCACUGUCCCCUUCUAGCCACACCAAGCUGCUCCCCCGCAGCCUGGCCCCAGCCUGCAAGAAGGACUGAUGCCACCCACCGGCCUGCAAGACCACCUUCC